CUCCAGGAGGAGAAAGCAAGGGAUCAAAGCCCAGGUGUCCUCCACAGCCUAACUCGGCCGUCCGCUGCUCAGUUUCCACUAGGGCUGGCAGUGCUUUUUCCUCCAAGACAUGAAAACCUAAAAGACGUGGAGAAUAUCAAUCCAACAGGAGGUGGUGGUAGUGGAGGGGGGGGGGGGGGAAUCUGAAGAGCAGAGCUUCUGGAGUCUCGCCUUUUGGAGCCUUGAGGAUUAUACAAGGAAUUUUUGUGCUACUACUUAGACGCUAAAGGGGGUUAUCCAAAAGACAGAGCUUCCUUUGCACCCCACCUCCCUUGGAUUCUUGAGAAGACAGGGGGGCUUUCAGGACCAUGGCAUCGCCAGAAGGUGCCAACAAUAUGCCUAAGCAGGUAGAAGUGCGGAUGCAUGAAAGCCAACUGAGCCCUGUGGAGCCAAGGCCCAAGAAUGUAUGCCUGCGGUUCUGCCAAUCACUCAGAAAAAACCUGCUCCUGUCUCUUACUGUAUUUGGUGUCAUCAUGGGUGCAUUGUGUGGGGGUCUUCUUCGCCUGGCAACUCCUAUUGAUCCUGACAUCAUCAUGUUAAUAGCCUUCCCAGGAGAUAUCCUUAUGAGGAUGUUAAAAAUGUUGAUCCUACCUUUAAUUAUAUCCAGUUUAAUCACAGGACUGUCAGGUUUGGAUGCUAAAGCUAGUGGCCGACUGGGCACAAGAGCCAUGGUCUACUACAUGUCUACUACUAUCAUUGCUGCUGUGCUAGGGGUGAUUCUGGUUUUAGCCAUUCACCCAGGAAAUCCCAAACUCAAGAAGCAGCUGGGAGAAGGAAAGAAAAAUGAUGAAGUAUCCAGUUUGGAUGCUUUCUUGGAUCUCAUCCGGAACCUGUUCCCUGAAAAUCUAGUCCAAGCAUGCUUCCAGCAGAUCCAAACUGUCACUAAGAAAGUGUUGGUGCCUCCACAAACUGAAGAACUAUCUAACGUCACUGACUCUGUCUUUGCUCUGAUGAACGAGACGAUGACUGAAGAACCACCAGAAGCCCAGCUGGUCAUUAAAAAGGGGCUUGAGUUUAAAGAUGGAAUGAAUGUCUUAGGCCUGAUAGGGUUCUUCAUUGCUUUUGGCGUUGCUAUGGGGAAGAUGGGAGAGCAGGCCAAAAUGAUGGUGGAUUUCUUCAGCAUCCUGAAUGAGAUUGUAAUGAAACUAGUGACUAUGAUCAUGUGGUACUCUCCUUUCGGCAUUGCCUGCCUUAUUUGCGGGAAAAUCAUUGCAAUUAAGGACUUAGAAGUGGUUGCCAGGCAACUUGGAAUGUACAUGGUAACAGUGAUCGUGGGCCUUCUCAUCCACGGUGGGAUCUUCUUGCCUUCACUGUAUUUCGUGAUAACAAGGAAAAGCCCCUUCACAUUCCUUGCUGGCAUUUUCCAGGCAUGGAUCACAGCUCUAGGCACAGCUUCCAGUGCUGGUACAUUACCUGUCACUUUCCGUUGUCUUGAAGAAAACUUGGGCAUUGAUAAGCGUGUAACAAGAUUUGUCCUGCCUGUUGGAGCAACAAUUAACAUGGAUGGGACGGCCCUGUAUGAAGCAGUUGCUGCCAUCUUCAUAGCACAGAUGAAUGGAAUUGUGUUGGAUGGUGGGCAGAUAGUCACUGUGAGUCUGACAGCCACCUUAGCAAGUGUUGGAGCUGCCAGUAUACCCAGUGCAGGACUGGUCACCAUGCUUCUCAUCCUCACCGCGGUGGGUCUCCCCACUCAGGACAUCAGUCUGCUUGUUGCUGUUGACUGGCUCUUAGACCGGAUGAGAACAUCAGUAAAUGUUGUAGGAGAUUCUUUUGGUGCUGGCAUUGUGUAUCACCUCUCCAAGGCAGAGCUGGAAAACCUGGAUUCCCAGCAUAAGGGGCAUGAAGACAUUGAAAUGACCAAGACUCAGUCAAUUUAUGAUGACAUGAAAAAUCAUAGGGAAAACAACUCAAACCAAUGUGUUUAUGCAGCUCACAACUCUGUCAUAGUAGAUGAAUGCAAGGUGAUACUGGCAACCAAUGGCAAAUCUGCAGACUUCAAUGUUGUUGAGGAAGAGCCUUGGAAACCUGAAAAUUAAGGAAAGCGAAUCCCAUCUCCAUCUUUAAUAAGCCCCUGAAGCUAUCUUAUGGUAAAAGAUAUCAAGAUUAAAGAAUAUUUCUCUAUUUAUUUAACAUCUAAAGUUUCUGCUUAUUUAAUUUGUUAACUGAAACUUAGCAAUGAUCUCAUCAAGUCAUUGUAGCUACCGUGUUUUUGCCAAACAGUGAUCCAUAACUAUCUGUCUCACUUUUACUGUUUGAAUGGAUGCAGCUGGAGAACACUCUGAGUUAAGAGAUAUAUUCUCACCAGCCUCUCCCUUUUGCUCAAGAUGCAGAAAAUGUAGAUGAUGCAAAAUGGAAAGAUCGAAAAGCCGGUAUGGCUUUCUCCAGGGACUCAGGGUAAUGAACAUAUAGUAUCAUAUAAACCUUAAAUUGUUCUCAGUGUCUCUUCUUGUGAUGUAUGUACAAAUCCGUACUGCAGUGUACCUUUGGUACAGUCAACAUUGUGUAACUACACUAUUUAUUGUAAGUGUCUCUAAAGGUUUUCUAUAAGUUUUAUUGAUAAUUAGCAGCUGGCAUGGGGCGGGGACUCAGAAUAUUUAUCUUCACCAGGUACGCUUUAAAUUAAGUUUCUCAAAUAAAUAUUUCAUUUAGAUUUUGGGGGCAAAAUUCAUCCCAGGCAUAACUUCAUUAAAAUCAGUGGAGUAAAUACAAAGGGCCAGAUUUUGGGCCUUUCUCAGAUAGCGCCAGAUUCUGAUGCUCUCUUCACAUCAAAUAGGACCUUACAGCCCAUGUAGUCCCACUGAAACUAUUCAAGGAGGUUCAUGGUGUUAUUUAACUUAAGGAAGAGCACCAGAAUCUGUCCCCAAAUGGUUAUUGAACAUUCUUUUUGUUGAGGACAAGCAAUUAUAUCUAAUAGGGUGUUAAAAUGUAAUGGUGCUUAGCAUGCGUCGGUUUAUUAACUACGCUAAACUAAAUGUAUAUUUAGGACACUUAAUUUGAAGUGAUAACUAUUUUUUCUUCUCAAGUACAUCUUAGAUUUGAGCCAAUGAGCUAAAUCCUGAAGUCAUUACCUGGUCAAAUUUUGCAUUGAAGUCAAUGGGAAUUUUGCCAGAGUUAGGACUGAGUGAAAAGUAAACCAGCACUUCAGGAUUCAGUCCAAUAAAUUGAAUCCCCAUCUCUCUAUUGUGAAGCAACAAUUUGUAUAAAUGUCUUUGAUGUCAGACAAGCAGUGAUUCUAGUCUACAUGGCAUAUGAAUGAACAAGGCAGAGUUUUGUCCACAUGGUAUAACUAACUCAUUCAUCUGUAAGAUGUAGAGGUGCAAUAAUCAUUCUCUUAGGUUGUUUAAAAGGUGCUUGUUAAAAAUCAGUGCUUGUAAAGACAUAGGUGAACUCUAUGAGAAAUUAAUAAUGUUUUACAGCAAAGCUGAGCCAGGUAGCUGUGGGAAACCCUGCCCACUGAACAAACCUUCUGUGAUGUGAGUGUUUCUUAAAAUGUUCUCUGAGCUGUCCAGCCUAUGAGCUUAUAAUGAACCUACCUACAAGGUGAGAUGGGAAAUGACGCACAUGUGCUUCUCUCUGUCCAUGCACAGUGCAAUGCUGCCAUGGACAUAAACAGGAACAACAUGUGUGAAUGUAGAGUUUAAACAAUAAUCCAGUCUGGUUUUGCUAAUUUGUAUUCGUGUUAGCUAUUCCACUGAAGUCACUAUGGGCCCCUGCCCUGCUUGUAAGGACGACUCACCUGUUUAAUGGUUUGCAGAAUCAAACCUAUAGUCAACAAAUUCACCAUUCAAAUAUUUGUAGCUGUGCAGUAUUUUCCUUGGGAAUAUUAGUGCUCUUUUGACAUCCCCUUGCUGCCUCAUUAAAUGAAAAGCCCUAACAAAUUUAAAAGCUAUUAAAUUACUUUGAGUUCUAUGGACAUUAUUCUGACAACCUAAAGAAUUUAAUAGAGAAUUUAGUCCUUUUCUGUAGGUCUUUUGUACCAUUCUAUGGAAUUCUGUUCCAUCUUGUUCAACAUAUUUAAUGGAAAUUGUGGGUACACAGAACUAGGAUCAGGGACCUAGUCUGGAUUUGAAGAAGAGUUCACUUCCCUGAUCCCCACAGAAAGGGAUCAAUUGCGCAAGAGAAGCUCUAACACUCUCUAAAAUAACUCUAUUUAACAUUUGGGCUGUUGGCUCAUCUCAUAAAAGUCACUGAGAGCUAAGUAGCAAUUGUACACGAUGACCAUAUUUCCAAAAGACAAAACAGGACACCCCCAGCUGCUCACCUGAGGCCCCUUCCCCCUCCCCGCCACGUAAGGCUGUUCCCCAUCAUUGGUGCCCUGCGGGGCCCCCUCAGGAAGCUGUUUGCUGGAACCCUGUGAGGAGGAGGGCUCACUCAGGAGGCUAUUGCCCAUUGCUGGAACCUUGGUGCCCCCCUCCAUGCUGGAAUGUUGUCUCCCCCCCAGCUCUGCCUUCCCGCCACAACGGGGGGCUGGCAUCUCUGCUCACCCUCUCUGCUCCACACCCUGCUUUUUUUUUUCUGGACAAAAACGGGCAUUUGUCCCAUUUGCUUGUGCCAACUGAAAAAGUCAUCAAGAGUAAAUGGGAUAAAUGCCUCCUUUAAAAAAGUUAGGACAGCCAGUACAGGGCUUAAAAAAGGGCCUGUCCCAGCCAAAACGGGACAUAUGAUCACCCUGCAAUUGUACCAGACUAGAACAUAGUGUUUGUUGUAGUGUAGAGCUUGGGUUCUCAAAGACUUUCAUAGCCUGGCCCAUAUUUUAGAGAGGUGAUCUCCUAAACCACUUCCAUCCUAUUCAUAAUAAUCUAACUUCCCUGUGGCAGCUACACCAACUGCUUACAGAGAAAGGUAACAUUAGGAAAGUGUUUAGUCUAUUUUUAGCUGUCUUUUAAAGCAAUAUGAUAGCUGGAAACAGGUAGGAGAGCCAGCACCAUGUGGACUAAGCCGCUCCAUACAGUUACCUAUUGAGAAACAGGGGUUCAGACAUCCUUCCCUACACCUAUCUGCUUUGGCCAGAUUUCCCUUUAAAAAGUGAUUCUUCAGAUGGGACUAGAGGAGGAGGAGGUGAAAAUCUAGAGUAACUCUACCCACGUACAGAGAGCAAAUUUGGGGCUUUAGUUUUGACUAAAAAAGCAGACUGUAGGACUUUUAAGUAAGACUUUAUAGUUUGUUAGUUGCAGUAACUCAGGGAACUUUCAAAAGAUAAUUAUCAUGUCAUUCUUCUACUUAGAAAUAUGCUGCUUAUGGGAAACAAUUUGGCUAUCUGCCAGGCUGAAUUCUCCCAUGUAAUAUCUAACAUGUAGCUACUCUGGCACAGUACUGAAUUUAACCAUCAAAAAGCUUUCUUGGGGGGAAAUGUAACUCAUACUUGGCUUGUAGUUGGUAAUUUGUUCAUUCCACAUGAGGCUGGGUUGCUGCGUAACUAAACAAACAAGACAAAAACCCAGGAAAUGGCCACUCAAGCUAAUGCAAGUUUCACAUUUGAGUGGAUAAUGCUUGUUACUGUCACAUCCUCCUUUAGUCUCAUUAUUUUGCAUGUGGCCUUCAGAGUGUUUUCUUCCUUUACUCAUUUCCCCAUUGUUUGGAUGUCAAAACUCAAGGAUGUGCACAGAAUAAAGCAGCACACGCUUGGAGUUAUUUCCAUAUGAACUGAAGUUCCCUUCUACAGUCAUUUGCUUUGCUCUGCUCUUAGCUAUUGCUCUGCUACUUACAGAAGUAGGAUAUAUAUGUGCCCUCUAGAACACUGACAUCAUCAGUGGAACAUGGGAAGCCUGGAUACUGGUAAGCAUCCUUAGGUUAAAAUUUAGCAGCACGUGCUUUUCUGAAUAGGACUGGACUUAAGCACCUGCUUGAGAACUUUGCUGACUGAGGGCCAUGACUCUGUUAGGGUCUGUUCUGGUGCUAGUCUUCAAGGCCCAGUGCACAUUAUAGUUAACUUGGCGAAACAGUUUGCUUCUGAAUGUGUUCCUUCUUCUGUACUCCUCCUCCAGAAAAAUAAAGACUGCACCAGCACUUUGUAUAAAACAAGUUUACACAGGUCUCAUGCAUUAAGAUGCCCCUAUAUUUAUGCCAAUUAGACAGUAUUACAGUAAGGGGGGCCCCUGUCAUUUAGAACGGAGAGACUAUUUUUGUUUCUUUGAAAACAGCCUGCAAGUUGCGGACCACUCUGAAUUCCCUUUGGGACUUGAGGAUGUAUGCUUCCUUCCAGCAGCACUUAGCACCUGGCAGCCUGAACAGAGCCUGAUCAACCCAACUAUAUACACUAAAAACUCCUGUUAAUUUUAAGAUGGAGAAGGAUUAUUAUUUUUCACCCUUCACCAUUCCAGAGAAGUUGCUAUUAAUACAUUGUCUGUUCUUAGUGCUAGCUGGAGACUUUAGCCCUGGUCCUGCAUUGUUGGAAAGCAGGUGGGGUUUCAUCACUGAUUUCAGUGGGAGCAGGAUUAGAGCCUGUAUUUCAUGUUGAGGCCCAUGCUGUCUUAUUUGAAAUGGUCUGUUUUCAGUUUCUGUACAUAUAACAAUCUCAGUCAUUUAUAAUUAUAAAGACACCAUCUUUCCUCCACUUGCAAAGACCAAAAUAUGGGCCACAACAUCAGAGACAGAAGAAAAUCAGUGAAUGCUGUAAGCUAAAAUAAUGAGGGAUUAAUUUGUUCAUAAAUAGGGCUAUUGUGGGAGCUUAUUUUGGCAAUGCUGGCAGGUAAGCAACAAACAAUAAUAUGGAUUCUGAUUAAAUUGAUUGAAUGGUCUGUGUUGUCACCUUUUGAAAGCUUUUUAAACUCUUGCAAUGUAGAAGAAUCUAAGAAGGGUCAAGGUCCAACAGUGGCCCCUCCCACCUACUUCAGCCAAUGGAAACAGACUGUGCAAUUCCUUCCAUCUGAUCCCAGUGAAUUAUCUUUUUUUGGUUCUCUAGCUGACGAUGCCUCCCCCAUCCAAAAGGUCUCUGCCAAUAAGGGGAAAUCAUUUCCCAUCCCAGCAGUGAGUUUAAACCUCUGCAUCUGAAUUCAGACCACUCUCAUUAAGCUUCUUCUCUGUUUAUACCCCGACAUAUAGCAAGUGUCCAUUUUUGUCUAGAAUCCUAGUAAGUGGGCUCUGCCAACACCUCUGGGAACACAGAAUUCCAAACAUUACGGGUUUUUAAAGAGCUAUGAGCAACAGAGAGUUCUGAUUUGUUUUCCAUCAUCAAUCCUUGGGUUGGUACUUUGAUGGAUGCUGAUGUUUAGCAGAGCAAACUACUUGUCUUAUCAAUAGAAGCGGCAGCAAAACCCAACAGAGCUCAAAUUAAUUUACACUAGCAACUGCCUGUCUUUUCUUUGAUUGCUGCUGAGCUGCUACAACAGGCAUCAUCCAGCAGCAUGAGGCUGGGAAAGCAAACCGGUUUCUGAAAACAGCAUCAGUUGCCAAUCUACCCUCUGACUUCCACAGCCUCUUGUGAAUGCCUUUAGAAAGGCUUUGAGCUUCAGUACCAGGCCUGAAAAACCCUAUUAUGAAUAUUUAAAAGUACAUCUCCUUCUCAUUAGAUUAAGUCCCUUUUGUUCCAUUUUUGUUGACUGCAUUUGGUUUUACUCCAGGAAGCACAGAAUAAUAAAUAAAGGCAACUUAUAAAAAUACACUGCAGUAUUCUACUGUACCGAGCCAGAAGACUACAGCUGAUCGUAUUACUGUGACUUCUUGGCCCAUUACUGUAAUAUUUGCCUUGUGGGUUAUUGUCAUAAGCAUAUAGCACAUUGGGACAAAUUCUUCUCUGGUUUAACUCUACUGAUCUGAAUGGAGUUACACCAGGGAGCAAUUCUGCUCCUGCUGCAGUAGCAUGAUUAUUAACUUUUAGGCCAUCUUGUGUUGAAACUACUGCUACACAUAGAAUAUAUUUUGAAAAAAAUAGGUUUGAGAGUGAUCUUUUUCAGUCAUGCUGAUGAUGUAGAAGAAAAGACUUUUAUCUAGUUUUGUCUCGCAGAAGAGUGAUGUACAGAUUAUAGCUACAGACAUUACAAAAAGCAAUUGUCCUGCACAGCAAGGUUGAGAAAGGGAAGGGAGGAUAAGGAGAUGUGAAACAAAUUUGCUGAACUUUGCCUUGAGACGGUGUUCCACAAUUGUUAAAUUCUUGCUCAGUAUUCACUAGAAGCAAUAUUUUGUAACAUACAUUUUUCACUUCUCCAGUAAUCUUCCAUUACCCCUACACACACACAUGCAGGGACCAGUCCUGCAGUUCUCAGGCAGACUCUGCCAUCCUGGCAUUACUUAGGCAAAACUUCCACUAAAGUCAAUGGGAGCUGUUCCAGAGAGAGGACUGCAGAAUUGGGUCCACACUAAUAGUUACCCUUUGCUUCCCCCUAUAUCUUCCUAGGCUCUUGUUUGGUAUUGAAUUGAAAUCUGUUGCUGUAAUGAGCCACAAUGCUGCUAAUUUUCACUAAUGCCAAGGCACUGAGAACUUGUUUAUCUGUGGAAUGCAUGGGUUUAGUGACACAAGACUCUUUAGACCCAACCCCCAGCCUUUCCUCCUACCCAAGAGACAUCUUCAUCUGAUAAGUUGAAACCUGGCGCUCUCUGCUACCCACAGUUACAAUUCCUAAUGGAUAUGGCAGUAAUGCAUUUAAAGCCAUGGUCCUUUAUAAACCCUGAACUCCAUAUGGUAACAUUAUUUAAGCAUACUGUUGAGGCACUACAUAGGUUUUCUGCUAGUUAAAGAUGCCACUCACCAAUGUGCUAAUGAAGGGUUUGGAGAGGCAGGGAGGUAUAAUAUUAUGACAUCACCCAGUUUUUUGGUUUAUUUCCCCAAAUCACGUAUUUGUCAUUCUAGGUUCUUAUACAGAGCGGUCACCUGCCGUUGUUGGAGUAUUUAAUGCUUCUAGUCUGAUUUUCAUAACUAAAGACAGCAGAGUCUUCAAUAUUUUCAAUAAAUACUCUGAGACAUACACCUUUAAGUAGAGAGGAAACUUACAAAAUUGUGUUUCACAGAUAGCAUCACAUAACCUAGAUGGUCUAAUUACUGCGUAGUGCUUUGUACAUAAAUAGGAUACUUCAUGGGGAUUUUUGUAUCAUUCUUUUCUAGAGUUUUGGAAGACCAUUUGCAAAGCAUAUUUACAAACAGAUUUUGCAGUCAAUACUAUAGAUUCAAGUAUUUCCAUUUUUGGCUUCAUGUAGGCUUGUAACUUCUCAUGUACUGCAGGUUGUCUUUCCUUCUUAAAGAAUAUUGCAACAAAAAUCUAUAGACUUCUUUCCUACCUAUCCUGCUUUCUUUCUUAAUGUAUCCAGUUAAUACUCUAGUGUGAACUGUAAUUUAUAGAAUGCAUGAGAAAAGAAUUACACACGUAAUUACACUUGUUAAAUAUGAUAUGCUCAAAACUGAUUCAGCCAUUAAUACAGAUUUUAUGGGCGUGUACCUAUUCUCCAGAAACCAGAAAGAACUACAGUGUAGAUGGAACUAAAUUACUUUGUAUCUGUAAUUUACAGACACACAAAUAUUUUCUUAUAAUAUUUUAUAUAUGACCAUAUAAGAUAAGGGAAAAAAUUCUUACAGGUGAUCCAUACCUUAGAGCAAAACCAGUUUUCUAACAACAUUUUAGGAUUAAUAUUUUUUUUCCUGUAUUUUGUUUAAUGAACUAAGAAAAGCAAUUUAGUGAUGAAUUAUAAGCAAAGCACAAAAUGCAAUUAGGAAUUAAGAAUUUCGAGGUGUCCUUAAAUGCUGCAGUUCACUAUGGAACACUGUAUUAUUAUAUCCUAAACAAUCUUCUAGAUUGACAAUUUUAUGGAUUGCUCAUCCCUUAUGUGUGACAUUUGGCAUGGUUUUACCUGGGCCAAAUCCUUAGUUGUUUCUCAGGGUCAGAUCCUGAAUAACUGAUUUACCCACAACGCUUGGGUUGUGAGCUGGAGAUCUGCAUGUGCAAGGAGUAAAGGAUCAGCCAUUCAGUCCAUCUUACUCAGGCAAAACUUGUAUGAGUUUGGCCUAGGUAAAGAAUUCAGUAUUUGGCCUCUUAGCUUUGCCUUCAUGUAAAUGGACCAAUGACACAACAAUGGGACCACUUUAAUAGGGUAGCACUGUAGAAAUACCUCCUGCCUUCUUAAACAUUUAUAAGAAAAACAAACCAUAUAUUUUUGACCAGGACAAGUGGGAUUUAUUUUUCUUUUAUAACAAUCAAUUCUUGGUAGGCAAAUACCUGUUGGACUUAAGGUCAUGAAAUUAAUGAAGCAUAUUUAAUUAGUAAAUAAAAAUGACUACAGUCAAUUGCUUAGUUAAAAUCAACAAUAAAAAUUACAUCAAGGAAAAUUCCUUAUGUGGUGAAUCAACCACAUGGCCUACAAUUCAAGACAAAAAAGAACAUGGAAUUGAAAAUGUCACCUGUCCACAAAGCAGAUACAUUUUCAGAAAUUUGUUGUAGGGCCCUGAUAGUCUCCUGAGGUUUAUGUGGGUAAAAGAUAUAUAUUUAUGUAUUGAUGUGCCCUUAUUUUUUAAUCUCCUUAUAUUUUUAAAUCAGUCAUAUCAGGUAUUCUCUUAAUUGGAGUUGAAGGUAUCGUAGUGUAUAGCUGAAGUAUUAAUAGCUGUCAAAGCAUGGCAUCCUUAUAAAUACCAAUUUUUACUCAUUGCUUAAGCAUGAUGAUCAGUGCCUCUCCCCAUUUUGCGUAGAUAACAUAGCUAUCUAUGUGUAAUUUCAGUGAAAUGGUGCAUACAGUACCGGUAGCUGUAUUUUCAUGUAAUUUAAUUUGUUGAUGUGCAUUGAGACAAAGUAGAAAAUUUGAUCUCUGUUUUGAAAACCUCUUUUCUGGUUGUUUUUGGUUUGGUUGUCUGUGUUGUGUUUAUUUUAGACAUUUAACUGAAUAAUUUCCAUAGCUUGAUAACUGGCUUUGUAUGUUUAUGUAUAUAAACAACAUGUCAAUACAUAUCUUGUUUUGAUAAUGGUGAAAUCCUAUACGCAGCCCACUCGUAGAUAUGUUGUUAGUUUUCAACUAUCUAACUGGCAUUGCAUAUGAAAUUCCCUGGCCCUCAGUGAAAGUGAUUGCAGUAUGGAUAUGCUGCACCGUGAAUGCAAUAGUUAAUACAUUAUGAAUUAAUGUGCAUGUGCAUGAUUCAUUUAGUUUAGGAGUAGAUGCUUCUUGUACAUUUGGCAUGUUGGAAUUGUAGCAACAUAAGGUUAGUAAGUCACUGUGUAAAUUAGCACAAUGGUCAGAAGGAAAAAUUAACUUUUACUCUCCCUCUCGGCACCAUGUCUGUCGUUGGCAAUAUGUGUAGCUUACAAGGAAUCCAUAUUCACACAGCAGAGUUUCAGGAUUCCUCUGACUCACUUUCAGUUACUCAUUGACUGCAGACUCCAGUGAAGAAACUAAAGUCAGAAGACCAUGACUAAGCCUGACAUUUAGUCUUAAACAGAAGCACAUGCUUGACUGCUUACUCUAUUAUGUGCCCUGGAAUGCAAAGCAUGAACCUUCAUUUCAUUUGCUCUGUAGAAACAAUCUGCAUAAGAUUUAUAGAACCAUAAGUAAAUGGAUUGACUAAUGCUGUUUCCAUUAUCAAAUAAGGAUAUUAAUAGAUAUUGAGAAUUAAGCACAAAAUCAAAUGCAUGUCAGUUAUGCAAAAAAGACAAAAAAUGGUCUUUGGUGUUCAUUUAUGCUUAUUUGAUUUGCAGAAUUAUACAUCCAUACAAUGCACAUAGGGCAAAUAUAUAAUGGCAGGGAUAUUGUAAAACCUGUGCUAUAAGUCAUGUCCAUGAGCUUAUAAGGAAGAAAUCCUCAUUUCUGGACUGAAAACUGAAAGUGUUAUGAAGUGCAACUGAUGCUCAGUGGAUCUGAGACACCUCGGGAGAGAAGCAUCAAGCCAAUUAGUUCCCGGAGACAAUGGUCCUGAUUCUCCUCACAGUUGAAAAUAACUCCAUUAGAGUCAAUGGAGUUAAACCAGGGUAAAACUGGGAUGAGUUCAGAAUCAGGCCCAAGCAGUGGGGGAUGUGUGGUUUCUUAUGAGAUGUAUUAUGUUUCCAUUCAAACUGCAUGUUCCACAGUACUCCAUGUCUUCCCUGCUUACUUCUAGGCCUCACAUGCUUCCUCACAUGCUUCCUCUCAAGAGAGGCCCACUCACUAGCUUGGCUCCUUCAUGGAAAAAGAAACAAAA